AUAGCCGGAUGUGUUUGCUGUUUCUCUGGCUUUUUACCAUGAAAUUGGCGCGUCGACGGACAGGAAAUAGAACUCCCUGCGUAAAGCUUGCGUUGCGUGGCGGACGGAAGUCAGACGCAGACAUGAUGGAGGCGACGUAAACAUCACUUCUAUUGAUUUAGUGAACGUUCUGUUAUUUUGUGGCAACGCAACGCAGUGUUGACGCACUGCAGACGGACUAGUACAUAUCAGGCGUUAGGAGUUCCGUUGUACUGUCAAAAUAAAGCUUUAUAAAAUGUUGUGUUAUGUUUAAGGGAAAGUGACCACGCAAUAACCAUAACGCGCCUAGUACCACCGCGGAAAACACCAACAAUGGACGACGAACGUUUAAUUUUAGAAGUACAAAAACACAACAUCCUUUAUGACACAAAACAUCUAUUUUACAAGGACUCAGUGAGGAAGGAGAGGGCAUGGGGCCUGAUUGCCAACGUCAUGGAUAUUGAUGCUGACACCUGCAAAACAAGAUGGAGGGUUCUACGAGAUAGCUUCGUCAGAAACCAAAAAAAGUCGAUGCCAAGUGGACCGGGGGGGGCUUCACAAACGGAAUGGAAAUACAAAGACAUUAUAUCUUUCAUUCUGCCCCACCUGCAACACAGGAGCUCUAAAACCAAUUCAGAAAAAGCUGUGGAUCAGAGCAGGAGUCAACCGGGGACUCCCACAUCCCUGGAGGAAAUGGAUUACCAGUCGAUACACAUUAAAGUUGAAGAUUCGGAACCAGGGACUUCUGGAGAAGUUGCGAGCAUAAGCACACCACCUCCACAAAAAGCAACACAGGCGAAAAGGUCACAAAAAAGACAACACUCUACUAUUGUAGACAACUUGAUGGCUCUUCUAGAAGAGCCAGUCCCAAAGCAGAGUUUCCCCGAAAGUGACCUUGACGAGUGCUACUACUUUGCUAUGAGCCUCGUGCCACUGCUGAACAGGAUGGACAGAAUAACAAGGGAAGAAACAAAGUUUGACAUUUUAAAAUGCUUUGAAAAUGCAAGAAAAAGACAAAGGCACACCGAUUCUCCUCAACAGUAAGAAGCAUCAAGAUCUCCUCUAGGGCUUCCUCUACCACCGUCAUUCACACCCGACUCUCUUCAGCCCCACAGAGACGGUCCUUCUGGAAUAUGCUGUACUUGAACCCAACGGAAGCAUGGCUGGAGAGUGACUUCUGAGCACAUCAUAUUUCUCUUUUGUUCAUAAAUUUUUUUGGAUUUAUCUGAAGAUAAAUAAUACUGUUAAUGUUUUUAAAGAUCCACUCCAAUGAAAAUGGUGUUUUUAACAUGUUCUUGUAGCAUUUUUCUGCUGAUGGAGGACAUUUAUAAAAGAAUUUCAGAUAAAACUUGCGUUUCUGAGUAUUUUUUCUAUUCAAAAUGUGAUUAACCAGGAGCAGAUAAAGACCCUCGGUUUGAAAAAGCUCAGGUUUGUGACACAGCAACUGCCAUGGGUAGGUUAAAGUCUCCCUGCUGCGCUCCAUCAGAAGGAGUCAUGGUGGAGUUCUUAAAAGUAUUUUGUACUCUGUAUACAGCUCAUCUUUGGGCAAACUAUAAAAGUGUCAGUAUGAGAAAGCUGAAGGUGGCGUACAGCCGUUUGUUUCUCUCCGAAUUAACACUCUCUGGGCUUGCAUGCACUCACUCAUGUUCAGGUUUAUCUGCAGGCUAAAUGCUUCAGAGAAAACGCUCAUCUUGGUUAUUAGUAACUUUGGACUUAUUGCUAUACGGUUCCAGUCAAAUGUAUGGAAACACUGGAGGGACUCUUAUUAUUUGUCCUUGUAACUAAUGCUUAUGGUGUGGUUUGUAUAAGUAAUGUUUUUAAUCUUUUUAUUUUUUUGUAUUAUUUUUUUAAAUGUAUUUUUUAUAAAUAUUUGAAAUUUUUUGUAUACUGCUUUUGUAUUCUUGACACUGCUUUUUUUAAUGAAGUGGGUCUGUGUACUCCUUUUAUAUUGAUUGGACUAUGAGUCUGGAACAAAUUCUAUCUGUCCAGCCGUACAGUUUUGAUCCAGAUUCCAGCUCAGACGAGGAAAACAAAGAUGUACAUGGAUGUAUUUGUCUGCAAGUGGAUGCAUCAGA